AUUAGCGCUAUUGUUUUGUUGUCAAUAACUUGCUGAUAAGAACUUACUCUCUUAUCAGCUCUUGGACUUUGGUAACCUUGCACCUACUGUUGUGUGAAUGGUACUGUUAAUCAACUUAGAACUCUAAAACCAACCCUUUAGAAUUUGAAGUAGUGUAUUUCUUCACGCAACACUAGCUACCAGAAAAACUGUAGCUUGCUACUAUAACUCCAGAGAAACUAGACUUUUGGCACUCCGCAGUGCUCUACUCCAAAGCGACCAUUUUGGGUCUCUGUGUGUGUGCGUGCGCCUUCGAGAGGAAGUGGUGCAACUCAUUUCCUGCAGCCCCCCGAAUACACACAGCGAGAAGAGGGGCAAAGCAGCAGCAACAUCAAAAAUAAAAAAAGGUUUGCGAGUGAAGGAAAUGGCUGAUCGUACAGGACAAAUGGCUCUCCUUGUAAAAGCGACAAAAAUGCAUUGAAUUUCUUUAGCCUUUUUUUUUACAGCCGGCUUCCAUUUAUACUCUGUUACACUUUACAUGUUAUGAGGGGAGUUUAUUAGUGAGCAGGAUAAACCAGGUCAAACCCGAACGACGCCGGAGCCAAUUGUGCACCGCCCCACGAUACUCCCAAUCGCGGCCGGAUGUGAUACAGCCUGGAUUCGACCCAGGAGCUCUCAAUACAAGCGGAUGCCAACAGAGAAACAAACUCAAGAGUCAAAACAGGGAACCAGCCCAUAGAAGACAGAACAGUGGAUGGAAGAGCGCGAGAGAGAGUGAAGAGGACGGAGGUUAAAAUACAGGGGCUGGUCAACAGCGUCAGAACAUAUCAAAUCCAGGCAGACUCCUGCUCCUUGGCCUGCCAAUCUGAACGACAACCUCCCCACUACACACACACACACACACACUGCUCCGAGCAUCUUCAGCGAUGCCAACAGGGUCCCAGCCAGCUGCCAGCCCCUCUCCCAGCCUGCCCCUGUGUGCCCAGCCCUGAGCCCUGACCCCUGACCCCUAACCACAAACUGGCCCCGUGGCUCUAGGAAACCCCCCCAGUGCAGCUGUCCUCCACACAGCCAGGUGGCGCCCUGACCCACCGCCGGACAGGCAGCGCUACUAACAGGCAUGGCUCCAAUUCGGGACUCGGCCAGCCACUCUCCUAACCAAACAGGUUUGGACCCCCCUGGCCUGGAUUCUCAGUAUGAGAAUUGCCCCUGGAGCUCUGGUUCUCCCUGCAGCAGAGACAGUAACUGGGACACGGUGCUGGUAGACUCGGUCGGCAGCGACACGCCUUCCUCCUCCUCCUCCUCCUCGGCAGCCGGCAACGACCCCGAGCUCACCUCAGAAUGCAUGGACACGGACUCUGCCUCUAGCUCUGGUGGCUCGGAGAGGAACUUGGUCACCGCGAUGACGCCGCCGCCGCCUCCUCCCGGCACUAAAGGGAACGGAGGCCGUAACGGGAACCACUUCUCCCCGUUGACUAACGGCGCCGUUCCUCCCGGUAGCAGCAAUAACAUCAUAACGUGUAACGGGGCGGCGAAAGGCCCGUGGGGCUCCGUGGCCAACGUCGGCCCCAACGACGCCCCUGCCGACGGUAGCCAUGGCAACAAGCCGAGCCCCUGGGCGUCGGCCAACGGUGCUGGUCUGACCCCCGGCACUCUGAACCCAAAAGUUAACCACAGUGCCUGGCCCGGUCCCCAGGGCCCCUCCGGCUGUAAGAUUGUCCAGCAGGGAGGCUCUCUGGGCUGGGGAGGGACACAGCCGGACAGCCUCUCUCUGUCUGAACAGCCGCAGCGCCUGAAUGAUACCACUGUCAAGACUCGCCACCUUAACACGACCAACGGACCAAAUAACACUACUAACGCCAUCGACACCUCUAGUUUACCAAACUCUACAGGCGGCUCAGUGCACAGGAACGAGUCCGGCUCGGGGCUGCGUUCCUGGGGAGCGGGAGGAGGAGGAGGAGAUCAGCUCUCCAACGGUACCCUGUCUGGCGCCCAGCACCCCCACAGCGAGGGCCUGGCAGGGGGCUUCUCUAAGCCCUGGGGGGCCUUGGGCCCUGGGGAGACUGUGAACGGCCAGGGACACGGCCAGCCCUCCCCUGCUGCUGCUGCUGCUGUUUACAACAGUAAAACGAACAGCAAGGCCCCUGUAGGGAGGUGGGACUCUGCUUCUCCUCACAACCUGGGGACUGGAGGAGGGGCGAGCAAUGGGAACGGACUGGGUCCUGCCGGGAUCCCCCGACCAUGGGCCUCCUCUUCAUCUGGCUCCUCCUCUAGCAGGCAACCCCCCAACGGGGAGUGGAGCUCGUUGCCCGGUAACAAAUCUCAGGAUUCCGGCGACGGACGGAAGUCAGGGGGAGGAGCCAACGGCUGGAAGAGUCUUGAAGACGACGCCCUCAGGAUGGGAGGAGGAGGAGUGCAGGGACCUGCGAGCGUUGGGGCAUCUGGCAGCAGUGAGGGGAGUGGGGAGAGCUCUGGAGGCCCUAGCUUAGACAGGGACAGGAACGACCCCCGUCGACAAGGCCCCCUCCCUGGGUCUACUCAAGUCCUCUUCUGUUCAGACGUGGACCCCCGUGUCCUCUGCAACACCGGCUGGGGCCAGACCCCAGUACGUCAGGACACCGCCUGGGAUGUCACCUCUCCCGUCCCCAGACCCGAUGACAGGAAACCCGAUAACGGAGGCCCUGGAUGGGGAUCGAAAAGCCACGCCGCUCGUUCUCAUACCUCCAGCUCUGGAGGAUGGCGAGGAGGGGGGGGUGGCCCGGGCCCAGAGUCAGGAGGGUCUGGCUGGGUAGAGCAGAAGACCUUGUCUGGGUGUGGAGACCGAGACAACAAAGGUCCUGGAGGAGAGCGAGGAUGGGACAACUCUUCCUCUACCUGGGGGAACAGUCAGAAGGAGGACCUCUCCAACACCUGGAUCAACCCUCCGAAACCUCAAAAACAGGUCUGGGGGACGGGGGGUGGAGACCGCUCCAGAGGAGGAGGGAGCAGCUACUGGGGUCAGCCCCAGAAGACUAGCGUGUCUGGGGGAUGGGACCGCGACCUUUCAGGGACUGCAGGAUGGGGCGAGCCCGGCUGCCCGGCCAACACCAACACGCACCCCGACGGAAGCAGCAGCACCUGGGGGGGCAGCGGAGGGACCCCUGACCACCCCAGCAACCCUCACUCUGGCUGGGGAGAGCCCCCUGUAUCCAACUCCGCCGGACACAAACCCCAGAACCACCAGACCCAGGGAGGGUGGGGCGAGCCAGCCAUGAAGCCCGGCCACCCCUCUCAGAGCUGGGGAGACCCGGCCGAGUGGGGUAAAGAUCCAGACGCCAACCCGGACCCUAGAGGACCUCCACCAGGUGGUGCCCACCCCUCCAAACCCAGCGGAUGGACUGGGGUGGCGGUCCCAGCUGGACCCUCCCACAAGGAGGAGGAGUCGUCGACAGGGUGGGAGGAGCCUAGUCCAGAGUCGGUGAGGAGGAGGAUGGACAUCGAUAAUGGCACCUCGGCGUGGGGAGACCCCAGCAAAUACAACUGUAGCGGGGUCAAUAAGUGGAACAAGACCAGCCAAUCAGAGCAGGAUGCCAUGGUCACGACCAAACCCCCCCAGCCCCAGCAGCAGCCCCCACCACCCCUGAACAACAUGGCCAACAAGGACAAGACCUGCAGCUCUGGUUGGGGUGAACAGUACACCGGUCCCCAGAAGAUGGAGUCAGGAACGUGGGGUGAUCCGCCAGGCCCCCCCGUCUCUGUGGACAACGGGACAUCGGCCUGGGGGAAACCCAUGGAAACCAGCUGCACCUGGGAGGAGCUGAGAGACAGAGGGGACAGAGACAGAGGGGACAACUCUGCGACAGGAGGCUGGGAAGGACCUGGAGCACAGAACCACCACAAACCUGGUCCCAAGCCCAUGCAGCAGGAGAGUAGUACCUGGUGUGGGGAGGAGGUGUCGUGCCAGGCCAGUUGGGAACCGGAGGAGGAGCUGGAGAUCGGGAUGUGGAGCAACACCCCAAGUCACCGAGACCGGGACAGAGACGGUCACAGAGAGAACCACAGAGACCGGGACAGAGACGGUCACAGAGAGAACCACAGAGACGGCCACGGUCAGGACAACAGGAACAACGGGCCACAGCAACACAGCUGGAACUACAUGAAGAAAAUCCCUCCCAAGAUCAACAAAUCGGUGAACAAGCAGGAGGAUGCCUGGAUGAACCAGUUCGUCAAACAGUUCAACAACAUGAGCUACCCUAGAGACUCUCCUGAAGACUUGUCGAAGAGCAAUAAGAUGGAAGGAGGAGGGAUGAUGUCUGACAAGCGUAUGGAUGUGAACAUGGGAGAGUACAGUGGAGUGAUGGGGAAAAACUCAGCUUCCAGGCACCAGACCCACAAAGAGCCUUCCAUGGAGAGAAGCCCUUACUACGACAAGCUCUCCCUGCCGCUUUCUGCUUAUGAUCGCUCCGCCUCGGAGGAGCUCUCCUCCAAUCACGGCAUGAGCUUUUCCCCCUCCCACUCUGCUCAGCCUAUCCCCUCUCUCUGCUCAGGGCAGGCUCCCACCCACUCUGUCUCUGAGGCUGGUAGGCAGAAUGUAAACUCCAUGUACGGCAGCAGUGCAGUACCAUCUCAUAACGCUCCCCUCAACUCAGCCCAGAACAAUCUCCGUAACCAAGUGCCUCCACCCGUCCUGUCCUCUCAGGUCCCUCCCUCUCUCCUGAAGUACCCUCCCAGUGCAGGAGGCCUGAACCUGUUUGGUCCACAGCAAGUAGCUGUCCUCAACCAGCUGUCUCAACUCAACCAGCUGUCUCAACUCAACCAGCUUAACCAGUUACAGCGUCUCCUCCUCCAGCAGUCUCAGCAGCAGAAUCAGAGACCGAUGUCUGUUGGACAGCAGCAGAGUCACAGACCCAUGCCUGUGGGACGCCAGCAGGACCAGCAGGGCCGUCCUAUUGGUUCGUCCCAGUCGAUGAUGCAGCCUCCGCAACACCUCGACCACUCCCUCUUGAAGCAGAACCCCGCCCACCAGCCCCUCAAGUCCUACAUGGACAACUACAUGCCCCAGAAUGCAUCUGAGCUGCAGAAGGAUCCCAACCACAUGGGCUCCUUUACCAACUUCCCUUUAGGCUUGAACUCUAACCUGAAUGUAGGCCUUGACACGGGGUCUGGCUGUAAGGAGCCUCAGUCUCGUCUGAAGAAGUGGACGGCCUUGGACGUGUCCGUAAACUCACCUCUGGAGCACAAGCCUGGUGCCAUGUCGUCUGGGCUGCGUCUGGAGGAUUCUCCCUUCGGUCCCUAUGACUUCCUGUCUGCUGGCUCCGCCCCCCUAAGCUCUCCCGGCCAAUCAAUGGGUUCGGUGGGCGACAGCUGGCCCCCUCGUGCCAAAUCCCCCCAUGGAAACACCAAUGUUACCUGGCCCCCAGAGUUCCGGCCCGGGGAGCCAUGGAAAGGUUACCCCAACAUCGACCCUGAGACUGACCCUUUCGUGACCCCUGGUAGUGUCAUCAACAACCUCUCCAUCAACACCGUCCGCCACAUAGACCACCUCAGAGACCUGACAGGACCAUCCUCAUCUCUGAACACCACGAUGCCUUCUAACAGUGCCUGGUCAUCUAGUCGUGCCUCCAGCCACAGUGGUUCACUCACCAGUACAACACAAAGCACUACGGUCAGGUCCGGAGAGUCUAAAUGGUCUCCAGGAGGGUGCAACUCAUCUCUGGCCCAUGAGCUGUGGAAGGUCCCUCUGGCUCCUAAAGGUCUUUCAGCCCCUUCCCGCCCCCCUCCCGGCCUCACCAGCCACCCUCAGAAACCCCCUCCACCCUGGGGGGAAGCUCCUCUCCGCUUGGGGGGCUGGGGGCACUCUGACUCCAGAUACACACCUGGUUGUAGUUGGAGUGACGGUAGCAGCAGCUCAGGGAGAACCAACUGGCUCGUUCUCAAGAAUCUCACAACUCAGAUGGAUGGUUCUACUCUGAGGACUCUCUGUAUGCAACAUGGUCCUCUGAUUACAUUCCACCUCAACCUGCCGCAUGGCAAUGCUGUGGUAUGUUACAGCUCCAAGGACGAGGCAGCCAAGGCACAGAAGAGUCUGCACAUGUGCGUACUAGGGAACACUACCAUUCUGGCUGAGUUUGCCAGUGAGGAGGAAAUCAACCGCUUCUUUGCACAAGGUCAGUCAUUGGCCGCUGCCUCCCCGGGCUGGCAGGCCAUUGGCUCCUCUCAGAGCCGAAUGGGUGGAGCCUUGGAGGGUUCCCACCCCUUCCCCAGCCGCGCCCCGGAGCCCAGUCAAUGGAACGGCAGCGACCUCCAUAGCUCCUCCCUUUGGGGCGGGUUGAACUAUUCCACUAGCCUAUGGGGCGCCAGCGAGGGCGGGAGGAUCAACAGCCCUUCUCCAAUCAGCUCCUUCCUCCCCGUGGAUCACCUGACAGGGGGCGGGGACUCCAUGUAAAGCCCGUGUCAGUCGAGUGUCGCACGCUGGACAGCGUGACGACAGACUGAGUCGUCUGGAAUCGUUAUUAGUCUCAAAAACACAAAGAAAAAAAUGUCCAAGACCAAAAAAACAAAACGGCUCCUUCUCACUUACAAAUAUACAAGAAGGGGGUCACCCCGUGGAAAAUACAUACAGGAAGUAGGGGGGGGGGGGGUCACCCUGUGGAAAAUACAUACAGGAAUUAGGGGGGAGGGGGUCACCCCCGUGGAAAAUACAUUCAGGAAGUAGGGGGGGGGGGGGUGGGGUCACCCCGUGGAAAAUACAUUCAGGAAGUAGGGGGGGGGGGGGGUCACCCUGUGGAAAAUACGUACAGGAAGUAGGGGGGAGGGGGUCACCCCGUGGAAAAUACAUACAGGAAGUGGGGGGGUCACCCUGUGGAAAAUACGUACAGGAAGUAGGGGGGGGGGUCACCCUGUGGAAAUUACGUACAGGAAGAGGGGGGGGUCACCCUGGAAAAUACGUACAGGAAGUAGGGGGGGGGGGGUCACCCUGUGGAAAAUACUACAGGAAGUAGGGGGGGGGGGGGUCACCCUGUGGAAAAUACGUACAGGAAGAGGGGGGGGGUCACCCUGGAAAAUACGUACAGGAAGUAGGGGGGGGGGGGUCACCCUGUGGAAAAUACGUACAGGAAGUAGGGGGGGGGGGGGUCACCCUGUGGAAAUUACGUACAGGAAGUAGGGGGGGGGUCACCCUGGAAAAUACGUACAGGAAGUAGGGGGGGGGGGGUCACCCUGUGGAAAAUACGUACAGGAAGAGGGGGGGGGGUCACCCUGGAAAAUACGUACAGGAAGUAGGGGGGGGGGGGUCACCCUGUGGAAAAUACUACAGGAAGUAGGGGGGGGGGGGGGUCACCCUGUGGAAAAUACGUACAGGAAGAGGGGGGGGUCACCCUGGAAAAUACGUACAGGAAGUAGGGGGGGGGGGGUCACCCUGUGGAAAAUACUACAGGAAGUAGGGGGGGGGGGGGGGGGGGGGUCACCCUGUGGAAAAUACGUUUGUUUUUUUCCCUGCACAUAUAUCCACGUUGUUUUUCCGCCCUCCUAAACAACACACAUAUCAGUUGGUAUACUUGAAUCACGCAGGACAAUUCUAUAAUGUGAAGGACAGCAAAAAAUGCCUUAUUAUUAUUAUGCUUCAAAACUGAAACCGAAAAAAAAAACCGACACAGAAAAGCUUUUGUCUAUUUCAUUCAUGGUCCCUGUUAUUGGAAUCCAAUCAUUGUUGUUUUAUUGUCAUGUUGUUGUUUUGCUUCCACUUUGCACUGAAACGUUAUUUUUCUCUCAGUGUUUAAUCUGCAAUACAGAGGUUCCAAUGUAGCUGUUUACUCAAGGACGUUCUUACUGUGUGUGUGUGUGUGUGUGUGUGUGUGUGUGUGCGCGUGUGUGUGUGUGUGUGUGUGUGUGUGUGUGUGCUCUCCUCUCUGCCUUGGCACAAAUACCUUCCGGUGGUAUUGUGGAGAAGCAGUUUAACGAUAUAGAGAUGCUGAUUUAUGGCUCGUUUCGAUGUUUAAAGAAGUAUUUGCACCGAUGUUGUGUUUUAAAAGUAGAGAACGUGAGUCUCUGCUCAGUGUAAAGGACUGUAUCUCAGCUGUGACUGGAGCCCCGCCCUGCCAGACUGGGGGGGGGGACGACGACGACACUAUGACAACAGGGGCAGAACUUGUUGUUAGAGACCAGCCUAUUGUUGUGAUGGAGGCGGCCUCCGGUUGUUAUGGCGACGGCCUCCGGUUGUUAUGGCGACGGCCUCCGGUUGUUAUGGCCUCCGGUUGUUAUGGCGACCGGCCUCCGGUUGUUAUGGCGACGGCCUCCGGUUGUUAUGGCGACGGCCUCUUGUUUACAGGCCCUUAGGAGGGCGACAGGUGGGUGGUCAUCUUCCUUCAUUUUAAAAACUUUUUUUUUUUUUU